UCCAGUUUAUGUAGACUCUGCAGUCAUGCACUUAAGAUCGGUGUUUGUCUUAGUAAUGACGCUGCUGUCGUCCACGUCUACUGGAAUCAAACUAGAUGGAAAUGGAUAUGUUGACAUUACAAUUGCAAUCAGUUCAAAAGUUCUAGAGGAUGAAAAACUCAUCAAUAAAAUCAAGGACAUGGUCACCGAAGGGUCAGUUCAUCUGUAUAAAGCAUUGGAUAAAAAGGUCUAUUUCAAAGAAGUUACAAUACUAGUGCCACUCAACUGGAAUAGUAAGGUCUUUACCAAAGCAAGAACAGAGUUAUUUGAAACGGGCGUGAUAAGAGUCGAUAAUGCUCAUCCAGCAUACGGUGAUGAACCGUACACUAACCAGUAUGGUGAAUGUGGAGCCGAGGGUCAGUACAUUCAUUUCACACCAAACUUCCUCCGAGACGACAAACUCAUAAAGCUUUACGGGUCAAGAGGAAAGGUCUUGGUGCAUGAAUGGGCUCAUUUGAGAUGGGGCGUAUAUGAUGAAUAUAAUGAAAAAACUCCAUUCUACCGCUCUGCCAAUGGCAAGAUUGAAUCCACAAGGUGUAGCAAAAACAUUGAAGGUCAGCUUUAUGAUGUUACUGCUGAUCCGCUUCAACCGUGCCAAAAUGAUCCACAAACUUCACUACCGACAGAUGGGUGCAGGUUUAUUCCCAACAAAUAUCAAAGCACAGAGAGCUCCAUGAUGUCUUUGCCAAGCCUGGAUUCUGUGAUCACGUUUUGUCGUGAAAGCGAGCACAAUUAUGAAGCCCCGAACUUGCAAAAUGCAAAAUGCAGCAACAAAGCAACUUAUACCGUAAUAUUUGAGGAUUCUGUGGAUAAAGACGCACUUCGUUCUCUGAAACCACUGGCAUCGACUCCACCAGCGCCAACUUUCAAAGUUGUGCAGCGGAUGCAAAGAACUGUUUGUCUGGUUCUUGACAUCUCUGGAAGCAUGCAAGGUUCACGUAUUCUUCGACUGCAACAAGCUUCAACUCAUUUCCUGCAGAACAUCAUUGAAGAUCAGUCCAGCGUGGCACUUGUUACCUUUAGUACUGAUGCAUCUACUCUCAGUACCUUGACUACUAUUGACAAAGAGUCCACAAGAGAGAAUCUUGUCAAAUUGUUGCCUAAAGCAGCAGGAGGAUCGACAAACAUGUGUAAAGGCCUUAAUCUAGGCUUACAGGUACUUAAAACGGAUAAUCAAGAUGUAUUGGGAGAUGAAAUAAUUUUUUUGACAGAUGGUGAAGCAAUGGAUACCCUUAGUACUUGUGUUCCAGCUGCGAUUAACAGUGGAGCCAUAAUACACACAAUAGCUUUGGGUGAUAAAGCAGAUAAAGCACUGAGAGAAAUGGCUGACAAAACUGGGGGGAAGUUUAUCACAGCCAGUGAUGAUGUUCUCUCUAAUCAGCUACUGAAUGGAUUUUCUUCACUAAUAAUGCCAACAGGAAACCAAACAAAAGAUCCAGUUCAGAUAGACAGUGUGGGAAUAAAAACAUCUGACUGGUUCAAUGGGACAGUAUCAGUAGAUCAGACUAUUGGUACCAAAACCAGCUUUACAAUAACCUAUGAGGCCAGUUUACCUCGCAUUUCCAUACAGUCCCCAAGUGGUUUAAUCUACAGUCAAACGCAGAUGCGUCAUGAUGAACCAGCAAAAACUGUCACUCUAAAAGUUCCAGGAACAGCACAGACUGGAGACUGGAAGUACAGUAUCUUAAGCCCAACACUUCAGUCUUUGACUGUUACAGCAACAAGUCAAGCAGCACGUGCUAACGUUCCUCCCAUUACUGUCAAAGCCCAAAUGAAUCAACAGUUUAGUGAUGGCAGUAAACCUAUGAUAGUGUUUGCUGAAGUAGUUCAGAAUUACAAACCUCUCAUAAAGGCAGAAGUGUGGGCUACGCUGGAAUCUGAAUCUGGGACUGUACAUGAAUUACAACUCCUUGACAAUGGAGCAGGAGCUGAUACUUUCAAAGAUGAUGGAGUCUAUUCUAGAUAUUUCACACGGAUGAAAAAGGGGAGAAGCAGCUUGAAAGUAAGGGUUAAAAAUAACGAUGGACAAGCCAGAUUUACUCUUCAAAAAAGAGGUGGUGCGCCAUACGUACCCGGAUAUGUGGUGAAUGGUGUAGUGGAGCUGAACCCGCCAAAGCCUUCAGUUUCUGAGGAACUACUGGAGGUUGGAAGCUUCACCAGAACAGCCACCGGUGAGAGUUUUGAGGUGACUCUAACAAGCUCAACACCACCAAAAUUCGCUCCAUGCAAAAUCACAGAUCUGAGUGCUGAGAUCAAUGAGGACGCUGUGCUUCUCAGCUGGACAGCUCCUGGUGAAGACCUUGAUGAAGGAUCAGCAAAAUCCUAUGACAUCAGGUGGAGUUUUGAACUGAGAGAGCUUCUGUUCAACUUCAGCAAUGCUCAUGUGGUCAACACAUCUGUCAUCUCACCACAGGUGUUUGGAUCAGUCGAACAGCAUUUGUUCAAUCUCAGUUUUCCAAUCCAAAAUGGCACCACACUCUUUUUUGCGAUUCAGUCUGAGGACAAAGAAAAACUGAAAUCUGAAAUGUCUAACGUAGCUUCAGGUUCAAAGAUCAUCCCUAAUCCAAACACAGAUCUAGACCUGAAGUUGAUUUUUAUUGCUAUUUCUGUUUGUCUGGCGUCUGUGGUGGUUAUUGGUAUUUUUGGAAUAACAACAUGGGCUUUGAGACGAAAGAAGCUCUCUGAUUCCUAGAGAAAAAAAAAACAUUAAAGUAUAAUCCAAAGAAAAAGUUUGUAUUUUAAAACUGCAUUGUACACCAUCUGCUUUCAAUAAAAGUUCAAUAAAAUGUUUGGUGAACACAUUGAAAUUGGAUAUAUUUGGAAAUGUGUUGUGAGGGAAUAAAAUGUAAUUUUCAUUGA